CAGCCGAAUGCUAGCUCUGGGGCCGCGGGGCUGCCAUAGCUGCCAUACAAGCAGCAAUCGUUUGUUCUUGGGGCUGCUUGCGUGGCUGCUGCUGGCGUUUGCGGCAACGAAUCGCCUAGGGCAGCGUGUGGGCACCGCAAGGCAUUCGGGGAGCAAAGCCUCGAGAGGGGCAGCGGGCAUUUAAGCAGAAGACAUCAUCAGAAUUGCAGGGCGAGACAGGCAUCGAUCGAUGCGGCACGAACCACUAACUAAUGGCAGGCAGCCCCUGCGCGCCGCACCGGUCCUCGCCGCCGCCGCUUUGCUCUUACUGAUAUAUUUAAUAGAACCGCACAAGCAGGGGCAGCCCGCGACGCACUUCCGGUACAACGAAAAGGACCACUGCGGGCGCUUCCACCCCGCGGUUACCAAGGAUGAGAUGGCGCGGAAUAUAGGAACCGUCGUCCAACAAAAGUGGUGCGGCCAGUUCGGCCAGGACCGCGUCGUCGCCUCGCUGCUGAACGCGACCACGACGGCAGUCCGUGGGACCUUCGUCGAUCUGGCGGCGAACGACGCGAUCCGCAACUCGAACACGUACGCCUUGGAACAGUUGUUAGGAUGGCACGGCCUCUGCGUCGAGCCAAAUCCCAAGUAUCACCCCGGCUUCGGGGCCUACCGCCGCUGCGCGCUUGCCAAAACCUGCGUCACGGCCGAGACGCGCGAGGUCGAGUUCGCGCUGGCCGGCGGCAAGGGGCGCAUCGCGUCCUCGGGCGGGGCCAAGAAGACCUUGAAAUUAACAUGCGAGCCCCUCUCGACGCUGCUCGCGCACCAUAAAAUGCGCGCGAUCACGUACCUGUCGCUCGACGUCGAGGGCGGCGAGCUCGACGCGCUGAGGGGCGUCGGGUGCGGUGUGGAAAUCAAAUCGGAGCUCGUCUACACGUUGCUCCUGGGGCUGCGUCGGCUCGAUGGGGUUGAUUUCCACACAGGUUGACUGGAACACAACCACAAUCGACGUGCUCACGGUCGAGACGGCCUCGGCCGAGCUCACUGCUUUUCUCGAGGCGCGCGGCUUCGCGCGCGUCUUCUGCGUCGCCCUCGACUCGGUCUUCGUGACCGCGCGGUUGAAGAAACGCGCGACGGACUGGUACGGGCGGGUCGGGCGGUACCUCGAGCCGCUAUGCAUCUCGGACGAUCUUGAGAAAUGCUCGGCGGGCACGCUCCUGGAACAGUGCUCCGCCGCGUGCACGCGGACGCGGUGCGUUAAGACGGGGUAACUACGAACACACAUUAGC